AUGGCAUUAAAUGGCUUUUUAGAAUUCUUUCAAAAGGGUAAAACCUUUAGGCCAAAGAAACGCUUCACAGCCGGUACAAUACGUUACUCUCUGCACAAGCAGGCACAGGCCAGUCUACAAUCGGGUAUUAAUUUACGACAAGCUGUAUGCCUACCGGAAGGGGAAAAUCUCAAUGACUGGAUUGCGGUGCAUGUAGUUGAUUUUUUCAAUCGUAUAAAUCUCAUUUAUGGCACCGUCUCGGAAUAUUGUAACGAAACCACCUGCCCGACAAUGAGUGGCGGUUCACGGUAUGAAUAUUUAUGGGCCGAUUCGGAAAAUUACAAAAAACCCACAUCGCUACCAGCUCCCAAAUAUAUCGAAAUGUUAAUGGAUUGGGCUGAGGCCCAGAUCAAUAAUGAGGCCGUAUUUCCCGUAUCCACCGAUGUACCAUUUCCGAAAACAUUUCCGGCGUUGAGUCGCAAGAUAUUGACGCGACUAUUUCGGGUGUUUGUCCAUGUCUAUAUACAUCAUUUCGAUCGUAUUGUUAGCAUUGGAGCUGAGGCGCAUGUCAAUACGUGCUAUAAGCAUUUCUAUUAUUUUGUCCAGGAGUUUGAUUUGAUAACGAGCAAGGAGUUGGAACCGUUACAGGAAAUGUCAGCGAAAAUAUGUAAAGAUUAAG